CUCAAUGAUUAAUCAGCCGUGUCCCCUGUAUAUAUCCCCUGCUCUCCCAGCUGAUCUGAUCUAAGAGUUUACACUGUUAGUUCUCCUCCGCCCAGCCAACGAUUCUUCUCGGCCACAAUAUCAAAGAGUAUCAGACGCAUCCAUCAUUUUAAUAAUGCCUGAGAGUACCGAAGCUACGAAGCUGGCUCAGCGCGCAUUGGAAGAACAUGGACCCUUGAAAGAGGUAGAGCCCAACAUUGUCGGCAUCGAUGGGCAUCGCUUUCGUAUCAACUAUGGAGUGCCGCAAGAGGUUACAGAUAGACUAAAUGCGCUCUGUGAUCAGGAUGAAGUCAAGUACGAGGAUAUCCCUGAUGAUUUGAAGGCAUAUGAGGUCAAGGAGGACUCGAAUAAUGGCAAGUAGUUGUACGAUCAACACAAGAGUUUUGACUGUCAAAGACCCGGUUCUUCAUCAUACCUCAACCAGAUAGUUGAGGAUGGCGCAAUACAAAUGACAUUCUAAUUGCUUUGCCGCUUUCAGAAAUCACAACCCCUUGCACAAUUGCUACGAUACUUCUCAUGGGAGGAAUGAAUGGUAUUGUUAUUGGCUACCAACGCGUAAUUUAGGUGCACCGCGCGGCACAAUCUGGAGUCCAGAACAUAUUAACUAAAUUUGCGGCAUUUUUUGCCGCUGUUUCUUUCCAAGCUCGUGCAC